CGGCGUGUGGCGACCAUGGCGGGAGGAAUGAAAGUGGCGGUCUUGCCGGCAGUUGGUUCCGGGCCCUGGAGUUGGCGGUCCGGGGGCUGUGGGGCAGUGUGGCUGCUCCUGGUCCUUUCCGGCUGCUUGGUCUGCGGCUCAGCCGGAAUUGAUUUAAAGGUGGUCAUGCUUCAGGAAUCCAAAGUUUAUUGUAUGAAUACCAGUCAACAAUCCUGUUAUAAAAAUGUGCUUAUCCCAAAGUGGCAUGAUGUAUGGACACGGAUUCAGAUCCGGGUGAAUAGUUCCAAACUGGUGCGAGUCACCCAGGUGGAGAAUGAAGAGAAACUGAAGGAGCUAGAGCAGUUUAGUAUCUGGAACUUUUUUUCCUCCUUUUUAAAAGAGAAAUUGAAUGACACCUAUGUUAAUGUGGGUCUAUACAGCACAAAAACCUGCCUCAAAGUUGAGAUUAUAGAGGAAGACACCAAGUACAGUGUCACUGUGACCCGGAGAUUUGACCCCAAACUCUUCCUCAUUUUCCUUCUUGGACUUAUGCUAUUUUUUUGUGGAGACUUGCUGAGCAGAAGUCAAAUCUUUUACUAUUCCACUGGGAUGAGUGUAGGAAUUGUGGCCUCUCUACUAAUCAUCAUUUUCAUACUGUCCAAGUUUAUGCCCAAGAAAAGUCCCAUUUACAUCAUCCUGGUGGGAGGCUGGUCCUUUUCUCUGUACCUCAUUCAACUAGUUUUUAAAAAUUUACAAGAGAUCUGGAGGUGUUACUGGCAGUAUCUUUUAAGCUAUGUCCUCGCAGUUGGAUUCAUGAGUUUUGCAGUCUGUUACAAGUAUGGGCCCUUGGAGAAUGAACGAAGUAUCAACCUACUAACCUGGACCUUGCAGCUGAUGGGCCUAUGUUUCAUGUAUUCCAGUAUCCAGAUACCACAGAUUUCCCUUGCCAUUAUCAUCACUGCACUGUGUACUAAGAACCUGGAGUACCCUAUUCACUGGCUGUACAUUACCUACAGAAAGAUGUGUAAGGCAGCAGAAAAGACUGUCCCCCCUCGUCUCCUGACAGAAGAAGAAUAUCGGAUACAAGGAGAGGUAGAGACCCGAAAGGCUUUAGAGAAGCUUAGAGAAUACUGCAACAGUCCAGACUGCGCAGCUUGGAAGACUGUUUCUCGAAUCCAGUCUCCAAAGAGAUUUGCUGACUUUGUGGAAGGUUCUUUCCACCUCACACCAAAUGAGGUUUCUGUCCACGAACAGGAGUAUGGAUUAGGGAGCAUUAUUGCCCAGGAUGAACUCUAUGAAGAAACAUCCUCUGAGGAAGGGGACACAGAUUCUCGGUACCCUGCUAUCACACAACAGAACAACUUCCUGACUUAGAUGGUCAUCGGUUAUUUGGUACCUCAGUGGUCCGGGUUGCAUGUAUUAUGCAGGUGUUUCUCAAAUCUUUGAAGCAGGGUGAGAUAGUGCAGAAAUUCUCCCAGUGAAAUUACAGGCCUGAGUAGGCCUCUCCUCUGGAAACGGUCUUGGUGGUCUCUGUGGGAUCCCAGGGAAGGAGAUGGAUAAAACAGUGACUGCUUCCCAUCGCUUCCCAGUGUAUCCUGUUGGUUAAGUUCUCGACCCACCUUUAUGUUUCCAAAGAGACUGGGUGGCCACAGCUGGCACGGCAUUCAUUCCACUUCCUCUUGAAAAUUGACUCACUCACGGCAUUUCAAACUCAGAAGAGAGGACUGUUAAAGUGAAGUAAUGCUUUCAGACUAUAGGCUGCAUCUUCCAGAGACAGAUCCAUAAAUCUGAGCCUUUUUCACUGCUUUUGUUUCAGUGACUUUAGCAUAGUUCUCAUUUUAACUGUUUGAAGAAGAAAAUAGAUGAAUAUUGUCUUGUUUUUUAAAUGAAUACAUGUAAAAAAAAUGUAACAAGCUCAUGUUCCAGAGCAACAAGCCCCAUAGGCCCCCACGUAUUUAUUGGUAUGGAUUAUCCAUUAAAGCUCCAGGAGCUGUUGUAUUGAGCUUUGAAUUGGUUCUCACACAUAUGAUAUUCUAAGUUCUGCUUACUUUUAGGAACAGGCCUUCUUGUAGGGGAGGUUUGUUGGACUUUUUAUUAUAUUAACUCUCAGUGCUAUUUAAGCAGUACAUUUGCAUGCUUCCUUUCCAAUUCCUCUUUGUCCCUUUGCCGCGUCAGGAAGGGUCUCUUCCCUCACCUCUAAAGUUAUGUAUAAUUUGGUUGGUCUCAUUUCUUAUAUUUCUCUUCCACAUUAUUCCUGCUAGUUAGGAGAAGCGACCUUAGUAUUUAGGGAAUUUAAAUGCUUUCUACAGGUUCUACAUUUUUCCUGUCAGUGGGUCGCAUAUCUUUGUUUUUGGGAGUUUUUUGGUUUUGUUUUUUGCUUUUGCUUUUUAGGGAUGCACCUGCAGCAUGUGGAAGUUCCCAGGCUAAUGGUUGAAUCGGAGCUGCAGCAGCUGGCCUAUGCCACAGCCACAGCAAUGCCAAAUCCGAACAGCAUCUGCGACCUAUACCACAGAUCACAGCAAUGCCGGAUCCUUAACCCACUGAGCAAGGCCAGGGAUCGAACCCGCAUCCUCAUGGAUACUAGUUGGCUUUGUUACCACUGAGCCACGACAGGAACUCCCAUGUAUCUUUGAAUUGCUGUGGAAUCAAGAAAUUAUCUCCUUCCUUUUCCUCUCCCUUCCUUUGUCCACUGGUUCUACGUAUUCUUUUCAGCCUUUCCUCACCACCCGUACCCCUCCCUCCAAGGAGUCUGGCUAAUUUGUAAGCCCUGAAAAUAUCUAUGAAGUUUCUUGAUACAACAAACAAGUCGUAGCUAUGUAGCUGCUCCAAUUUGCAUUGCUGGGAGAUGGACUGCCAGAUGACCCUCAUGCCUCUGGGUGCUUGUUCAGCCAUCAGGAUCAGAUGCAACUUUUCUGUGAACUUAUUGUACUUAUUUGCAAUUCCAUUUCUGACCAGAGAGUCAUGUUGCCUUUUAUUACAGUGGCAUUGGUUUCACAUUCUUUUGCUAUUGGAAAGUACCUUUAUAAGCCAGCAAUGCCAUUUAUGAGGGAGCAAAUUCCCAAGUCUCUGUCAUUUGCUUGGUUCUGUCUUUAUGAUCUUCACCCUCGUACCUUGGAAAAGCUGUAAUUACCUUAGCCGGGAAGAUAGACAUUGAUGGCAGGAGCACAGCAUCGGACUGACUGACUUUACCAUGAUCAUGGAGAUGGCAGAUGACUUUUUAAAAAGCUAUGAUGACUCCUUCACACCAGCCAUUUAGUAGAUAAUUUUGAAAGACUCUGAGCUCUAUUACUGACUUCCAAAAUGUCAGCUUUGAGACUCUCCUCCAGGUGGCCAGUUGAUUUUUUUCUGCGUUGUUUCCCAUAGCUUUAAACUGUCCUAAAGUGACAACUACCUCAGUUGGCCGCAAAUAUAUAUCAAAGUGAAAAACAAGCAGUACUUGAGCAGAUGCCCUGGCUUAAAGUUGCUUUAUAUUAGGAAACCUUUAUACCUUUGUGAACUAUGUACAUGGUUAAGUUUUUAAUCCCUCUACGAUGAACUAUUAAGACUUCUCAAAUUUACUAUUUUUUUCUCCAUUUAUAGAAAUUGAAACCAAACAUUUGAGCAAAGGUUGAUUUGAAAAAAUAAUUCAGCUAUACAAGUGAUCUCAGGAUUCCCUGGAGAGGUUGGUGCCUUCCCCAUGUAGCUACUUUGGGACAUGGUCCCUUGCCUCCAGGGUGACUUUUCCUGACUCUUUAUUUCAGUGAGAAAGCAUUGUGAAGGAGAAAAGAUGCUCUUCUUUUUCUGUUUAGUGAACUCCUUGUAAGAUAAGAGUUUUCAUCUCAAGACCAGUUUUUCUCACUGUGUUUGAAUUUGGGUUGAGUAAAAUCCGACUCGGUUUAUUAUUCCCUGUCUGAUAGUUGGAGAACUGAGCGGUAGGCAGUGGUGAUGACAAUGGGUCCCGCAGCAUGAGAGCUGCUUUCAGACAGUGAAGUGCCUCUGGUGUGCUGUGUGUCCUUGCUCUUCCUGCCUGUGUGGCUCUGCCCCAGAUGCUUUAGAGCCUCUGUGUGCCCGGAGAUUGCUUGACUCCGCAAGCAUUUAGGAGCUGCUCUUGUCUCCCUCUCGGCCGCUUAAUCUGCUGGCUCAGUUGCUACUUGAAGCCCCCAUUUAAUUUUCUGUGGCAGUUACAGCUCUUGCAGUUUCAGCAUUGUCUCAUCUCAGACCGAUCUCAUCAAGGAUUGAAGGGGUAACUAUGGAGUGAGCUGGACAUUGGAGCCACGUCUGCUGCCACGUCAGCGUCUUGCUUGGCAAAUAUUAAGCUAUAAAUUGGCCCUCCGGCUCAGGGUCUCAUCAGCAUUGGAAAUCUAUCGCCUCUAAUGGGUCUGACCAAGUUGUGUAGAGCAUGGCUCCCAUUAAUGGGAAUACAAGAGCCAACUGGCCUAAAACAUCUCUUCACUUUCCCAUUUGGAUUGCUUUUGUGAGACCAGUGGAACCAAUGACUGAAAAUAAGGGAAAUUUAGCAACUUUGAUAACUUCUAAAAAGAAAUUCCUAUCAGCCACUACAUUGCACCCAAACUAGUUUAUUUCUCUUCCCAAAUUCAUGACUCUUUUUUUUUUUUUUUUUUUUUUUGGUCUUUUUAUCUUUCCUAGGGCCGCACCCACCACAUGUGGAGGUUCCCAGGCUAGGGGUCUAAUCAGAGCUGUAGCCGCCGGCCUACACCAGAGCCACAGAAAGGCCAGAUCCAAGCCGUGUCUGUGACUUACACCACAGCUCAUGGCAACGCCAGAUCCUUAACCCACUGAUUCAGGCCAGGGAUUGAACCCACAACCUCAUGGUUCCUAGUCAGAUUUGUUAACCACUGAGCCAUGAUGGGAACUCCAAAAUUCAUGACUUUUAUAUCUGUUACAGGACUUUGCUGAUAAUAGACCUUGGGUCCCAGGUCCCAGGUCCCAUUUUGUGCUAAUACAUACAUUCUAGGGCCUAACGCUCUCUUCAUUGACUGUGUUCCACUUGGCAUAUAUGAUAGAGAUUUGAUGAGUGAAAGGACCCAAGUAGGCCAGAUAGUUUCCCCAGGCCCUGAUAUCCAUAAAAGGCUUGGGAAUGGGUUAUACAUUAGCCUUCAAUUCUUUUGUUGUUCCAGAAAAAAAGAUGGGCUCAGAUGGAUGCCUGCGUAAAAAUGGUUCCUAGCUAUGUACUCAUAACUCCUCUGAAUUGAGUACUGAAAGUUGAAGUAGGAGGAAAGGAAAUUAAAUGUCCUCUAGUAUUCCUUUGGACUCAGGUCUGACAUAUGAGAUAAUAACUUAUAUUGAAAUGCCAAGAAUUUUAUCUGAACCAAGGAGAGGACAGUUUGACAGAUUUAUUAUGCCUUCAUGUUACAUAGGCCCUGAAACCAAGUAAUAAACAUAAAAUAGCCAUUGCACAAGGCAAAUGUACUUGAAACCUUUUGUUUAUGUUUUGACAUAGCAGACACUGAUCUUUUUUUUUAGGGAAACCUACUGAAUUGUGGUGAUCCAAUGGUGUCUUUUCGUAAGUUAGCUUAUGGAUUCAGUUGCUUUUGAGUUGGAUGCUAGAUGGUUAUUACCUUGAAAAGGGAAAUUGGUGCCUUAUGUGGUGGGAGCCAGAGCCUGCCGAGAAUAAACAAAGCAAACUCGUGCCAGUGUCAGUGCACAGCUUUAGUGGGAAUGGGAAGUCCACCCAGCCUCUUCAAAUUUGGGGCUUUUGGCUCCCACACCCCCUGCCCAUGUGUGUCAUCUUCCUUUUCACACUCUUGACAAUAACUUGAAAAUGGUGAAAUCACCUUCUCUGAAAUUUUCUACAGUGUGGACAAUGUUCUUAUCUUGUUAAUAUAAUAGAUAGCUCCUAAUGUGAGUAUUAGAACUGUUACAGCCUGCAGUUGCUCCAGUUUAUCAAGUUUCUAGAAUUCAUGGUGAAAUGGGGAAUUACUGGGUAAGUUUUAGCCUGCGGGUAAUGCCUUAGUGUUAUUUUAAAAGAUUGCCAAUUAUAUUUAAAAUAAGUGUUCAUGAAUGUUUGAAAGGGACAAAAUGAUCAGGGAGGGCUCUUUGCCAUGGGUCUUAUUUUCAUUCUUUUCUGUAAGAAAAAAUAAUGAUGUCUUAUUAUAUAUUUUUUCAUUUUUAUUAUACAAGUUUGUAAGUAAUCCCAACUUUAAUAAAGUUUUAUAGACUGUA